AUGGUUUCGGUCAGUUUCCAGGAGCGUUACUGGAUUUUCCACGAGCUGAUGGCCAUCCUCAACUGCAGGGAUGAUAGGCAGUACAUCCCGGCCAUGGCGUUCUUCAUUCAGCUCCUCCAGUGCCCUGACCUUGGCAAUAAGCAGGAAGACGCCAUCCUGGACCAGUUGAGUGGGCAGCUGAGAGACCCCAACACUGUGGUGCGCUGGCUGGCGCUCAAAGGCCUCCUGAACCUGUCCCUGUGCCCCGAGAAGGUGGGGAAACUCCAGCGUCUGCUGCCAGAGGUCCUGGAGCAACUACAGGAGGUAGACAGGGACAUCAUCGCCAAGGCCAUCACCGUGCUGAAAAACAUCCUUGCCGGCAUGGACAGGCAGAGCGCCAGCCGCGCGGCUGUGCAAGUGGCUGAGAAACUCCUGCCUUUCAUUGAUGAUGUGUCCAGCAGGCUCCGGGUGCUCUCCAUCACCCUCUUUAAACACCUGCUGGAGCUUGUAAGGGGGCUCAACAGGAGGCGGAUGAAGGCGCAUGUGCUCCAGAGCCUGGCCCCGCUGCUCCUCCUCGUGCAUGAUGAGCGUCCCAACGUGUCCCAGGUGUGUUGGGACACCCUCAGCAGUGCGGCAGAAUUCCUGAAGUGGCACCAGCUUGGUGGCUUCAUCCAGCGCAAGGAUACCUGGCAAAGCUGUGACUGCCUGCUGACGCGCUACAAGGGGAGAGCCAACAACUUUCUGUGCCAGACCAUGGCCUUUCUGGAGAACCCACAGGCUCCACUGAGAGAAGCGGCCAUCAGGUUCAUAGGGCUCGCUGCCCGGCAGCUGGACCAGAGGAGCCAGGACAAGCUGGAUGCCAUCUGCAACGGUCAUACAAAAACAAAACUUAGAGUGACACCGAUCACUAUUGGCACAUGGAAUGUGCACACGUUACUGGACAACAUCACGGCAGACAGACCGGAGAGAAGAACAGCACUUGUCGCUAGAGAGCUCGCACGCUACAACAUUGACAUUGCAGCCCUUAGCGAAACUCGCCUUGCUAAUGAAGGACAGCUGUCCCAGUCAGGCUGUGGCUAUACAUUCUUCUGGAGUGGCCGCAGCAGUGAUGAGCGUCGCGAAUCUGGAGUUGGCUUCGCCAUCAAGAAUCAUCUUGUUUGGAAACUUGCCAGUUCCCCCAAGGGUAUGAAUCACAGGCUCAUGACAAUGCAGCUUCCGCUUCAAAAAGAAAAACAAGCUAUUUUGAUCAGCGCAUAUGCUCCUACAAUGACCAACCCAGAGGAUGUGAAGGAUAAAUUCUACGAAGAACUAGAUACUCUGCUAUCGUCAGUGCACCGCACAGACAAGCUGAUUCUGCUUGGCGAUUUUAACGCAAGGGUCGGAUGCGAUGCCGCAGCCUGGGAAGGAGUCAUCGGAAAAAAUGGAGUGGGAAAGCGUAACAGCAAUGGCCUGUUACUGCUGAAAACUUGUGCAGCACAUGACCUUCUUAUCAGCAAUACGGUCUUCCGCCUUCCUACCCGUAACAGGACUUCGUGGAUGUAUCCCCAUUCCAAGCACUGGCAUUUGAUCGAUUAUGUCAUCAGGAGAAGGGACAGACAAGAUGUCAGGGUUACAAAAACUAUGUGUGGCGCUGACUGUUGGACGGAUCAUAGGCUCCUAGUAUCCAAAAUGAAGCUCGAGAAGACGCAGAUUCUCCAGAGAUGGACUGAACACUUUGAAGCAAUUCUCAAUCGCCCCUCAGUCAUCAAUGAUGAGGCCAUUGACAAGAUGCCCCAGGUUGCAGUCAAUGACUCCAUGGAUGCUUCACCAGAAGAGGACGAAGUGAAGAAAGCUAUCAAUCAGCUGUCAAGUGGCAAAGCCCCAGGGUCAGAUGCUAUACCAGCAGAGGUGUACAAAGUUGGUGGACCCGUGCUGCUGCGGAAACUCACUGAGCUGUUUCAGUCCUUCUGGAAGCAGGGAACCAUUCCACAAGAAUUUAAAGACUCCUCCGUCUUGCACCUCUAUAAGAGGAAGGGCAAUCACCGUGGAAUCUCGCUGCUUUCUACAGCGGGGAAAAUUCUUGCACGGGUUCUGUUGAACCGAUUGAUCACUCACCUGGAGAAGGGCUUACUGCCAGAAUCACAGUGUGGCUUCUGCAAGGAACGUGGGACUAGUGACAUGAUCUUCGCUGUGCGUCAGCUACAGGAGAAAAGUCAAGAGCAGAAUCGUGAACUCUACACAACUUUUGUGGACCUCACAAAAGCAUUUGACUCUGUCAGUUGCCAGGGCCUGUGGAGGAUCAUGUCGAAAUUUGGCUGUCCAGACAGAUUUAUACGAAUGGUACGUCAAUUUCAUCACGGUAUGAUGGCUCGUGACCUGGAUGACGGUGAAACAUCUGAGGCCUUCCCAGUCACCAACAGCAUCAAGCAAGGGUGUGUUUUAGCACCCACUUUGUUCAGCAUGAUAUUCUCUGCCACUCUGUCUGAUGCCUUUCAACACUGCUCUGAAGGAGUAGGCAUGAAGUAUAGAACUGACGAGAAACUAUUCAAUGUGAGGCGACUGCAUGCCAUCACCAAGGUGAAGGAAACUGUACUUCGAGACUUUCUCUUUGCUGCUGAUUGUGCUCUGAAUGCUAGUACAGAGCCAGAAAUGCAAGCCAAUAUGGACAAGUUUUCAACUGCAUGCAACAACUUCGGUCUCACCAUUAACAUCAAGAAGACUGAGGUAAUGCACCAGCCAGCUCCCCACGCUCCGUACUCAGAACCGUCCAUCACUGUAAAUGGGCAGAGACUUCAGACAGUGGACCACUUCAUGUACCUGAGCAGUACCCUUUCCCGAGCAGUGUCAAUCGAUGAUGAAGUAAACUGCAGAAUUGCUAAAGCCAGCUCUGCAUUUGGCCGUUUGCGCUCCAACGUUUGGGAACGUCGAGGGAUCAGCCUACCAACGAAGCUGAAGGUCUACCGAGCAGUGGUGCUUCCAACUCUGCUGUACGCCUGCGAGACGUGGACUGUCUAUCGGAGUCAUGCACGAAGGCUCAAUCACUUCCACAUUUCCUGUCUGCGAAAGCUUCUAAAAAUCAGAUGGCAGGACAAAGUGCCCAAUACUGAUGUCCUUACUAGAGCCAGUCUGCCGUCAGUUCACACAUUGCUGAUGAGAGCCCAGACCAGGUGGGCCAGACAUGUCGUGAGAAUGUCAGACGAACGCAUUCCUAAACAGCUCUUCUACGGAGAACUCACCGGAAAGCACUCCCAUGGAGGACAAAAGAAGCGGUUCAAGGACACGCUGAAGACAACUUUGAAGUCCUUCGAGAUCAACACCGCCACAUGGGAAACCUUCACACUGAACCGUCCAGCAUGGCGCAGCCUCAUUCACACAGGCAGUAAUACCUCUGAGGCGAGGCGAAUUGCUGAGGCUGAAAAAAAGCGUGAGCUGCGCAAGUCCAGAGCUGCUUGUACAUCAUCGACAGUGCCAUUACAUGUCUGCCCGACAUGUGACAGGACGUUCCACGCCUGAAUCGGACUGAUCAGUCAUCUUCAGACGUACAGA